GAUCCAUUUCGGAGGCAACAAGCUUGACUACGGAAUGUCAAGUCUGUUGCCAGGCCCUAGAGGAGCAGACAGAGCUCCAGACCAACUGGCCUUUGGAAGGAACGGGAAUGGGGUUAAAGGAGUGCAGGGACGGGCACUUGUGAUCGGCAUCCUGGGACGUGUCACCCAGGAAGACAGAGGGCCAGUGCUGCUACCUGCAGCCACAAGACUCCACGACCAUGUCCUCAUACUGCUUAUAGACCACGUUGUUGGCGGAGUCAAUGAAGAGGAUGCUGAUGGGACUCAGUCGUGUGGGCACACAGCAGGUUGGCGGUGUGGACUCGGGGUCCAUGGAGUUCAUCAGGGUCUGGAUGACUGCAUGGUUCGUGGGCUCCAGGUGGGAGCGCAAGGGGAACUCACAUAGCCCCUCACAGUGGAAGGCCUCGUACUCAAGGGGUGCGAUGAUCCAGUCAUCCCAGCCCAUGUCCUUGAAGUUGACAUGCAGUGCCUUCCGACUGCAGCGGGCCUUGGGGUUCUUGCUGGGCCGUUUGCCCUGGCGCGUGGCCAAUGGGGCUCGCCUUUUUCGCCGCUGGCUGAACAGGUACUCGUACACCGUCUUAUCGUCUUGACCCGAGCGGGCCUUAAUCUCAUUAAAGAACAGGUCCCGUUUCUUGGUGCGGCCAAAUACCAGGAACAGGGCCUUCUCAUGGACCUGCCUGGCCGCCCGGUCAAAGCCCAGGCCACGGAGGUCCACGGCCCGGCCCCGUUCCCAGGCCUCCAGCUCCAGGCACAGCUGGGCCGAGUUCUUAAAGUUUCGGAAGAGCUUCCAGAUGUCGAACACCUCCCAGCCAGAUCCGUCCAGGCCUGGCACGGAGCGCACAUCCAGCAAGGCUGCCGGCUGCCGGCCGCUGGGGCAGCUGGACAGCUUCAGCUGGGCAGCCCGCCCGAUGCCAGGGGCCACUGGCUUGGCCGCGUCCGAGGGCUUCUUCCGCAAGAUCCGCAGCUCGGCCCCUAGCAGCCCAUCCUUCUCCAGGGCACUAAUGUCAAACACGUACCUCUGCUUUCUGACCACAGGACCUCGGUCAUCUAGAGAGAACACCCAGAAGUCAUUCCCUGCAACCUCACCAAGAGAGCCAGCCACCUCGGGGCCUCAGAGGAGGGCUAUAGCUCUCUCCCCUCUGGAGACAGCUUUCUUUAACCUCUCCCCUACUCUGACAGAGGCCAAGACCCAAACCACUGAGAGCCUUUUUCAAAAUAAGGGAGCUUCCUAAACAGCAAACCAAGUAGGGUUGUUUUUCCGUAGAUGUGGCUGCGGUGAUUUGAACGAUUCCGGGUGUUUGUGUCAAUGACAAUGCAUAUCAGAGAUGCAUCAGCCUUAGAACUGCCUCUUGCUAUCCCUCCCCAUCUAUUAUCUCAUAUGAUAUCUUCGUUGGAGAGAUAGGUGGAGUGGGUAUUAUAAUUA